AUGUGCUCAUUGCCAUUAAGCCACACUACGCCCGGUUCAUCGUCUGGCGGUUCAAGCCGUUUAACACGCGCCGAAAAAGACGUACUGGCUCCGUUUAAACCCACCAAUCCACGCUUCAACGGCGAGGAUGAUGCUGAGGGCCGCGAAGAAGAAACCACGCCGCCUUCCGUCGAAGCAGAGCAAGACGACAUUUGGACAGGAACGACAUGGACUGCUUCCUAUCACCUUGGAAAUGAUCGUGUUCCUAAGAGAAAACAACACGUAUUGGAACGCACAGACCGUCGACGACGCAACCCGCUCAUGGGUAGCGAGUGUAAUAAAUAA